GCGGAAGUGAAGUUAUUAUCGCCGUAAUGUACUGACAGUCGUGGUUGUAUUUACUACGUUUCGUGCUUCUCUGACUGUUUGUCAUUUAUCAUGUGAAAUACACAACAUAGAAAACAAUAAAGUAGUGGUUGCAAUUACUUGCCGAAGGAGGCCGAUGGAAUAUCGUCACGUAGUGUACAACGCUUGUAGAGACGGAAAGAUAGUCCGUCUCAAGACAUACCUGGAACGGUACACGAAAGAUGAAGUUUUUAACCUGGUUCAUGCCAAGACAAAUGGAGCGACUCCACUUAUCAUGGCUGCUCGUAAUGGACAUUUGGAGGUAGUCAAGUAUCUGAUCGAGAACUGUGGUGCUGAUAAAGCGCAGCAGGGUUCUGUCAGGUUCGAUGGGGAAACCAUAGAAGGAGCCCCUCCUCUCUGGUGUGCAGCUGCUGCAGGACAUUACGAUGUUGUAAAGUAUUUGGUAGAGAGUGGUGCGGACGUCAAUCAGACGACAUACACCAAUUCCACACCUCUGAGAGCUGCUUCCUUUGAUGGACACUUUGAAAUAGUGAAAUUCCUUGUAGAAAAUAAAGCUGACAUUGAAAUCGCCAAUCGACACGGCCAUACGUGUCUUAUGAUAGCUUGUUACAAGGGUCACAAAGACAUCGCAGAAUAUCUCCUCAACUUAAAUGCGCAAGUGAAUCGAAAAAGUGUUAAAGGAAAUACUGCUUUGCAUGACUGUGCUGAAUCAGGCAGCCUUGAGAUCAUGAAACUCUUGCUGGAGCGAGGGGCUGUCAUGGAAAAAGACUCUUAUGGCAUGACACCUCUCAUGGCAGCAUCAGUAGCAGGUUUUCACAACGUGGUAGACUAUAUCAUCCAGCUGCCACAGUGUACUCGCACAGAAAGGGUAGAAGCCUUGGAGCUGUUGGGUGCCACCUAUGUUGACAAGACGGACAAUAUGGCUGCAAUAGAAGUAUGGCGCAAGGCCCUUCGGGAGAGAAACUGUCGUAAAAGAAGAAAGCUUGAAAAACCCAAGCCCAAAGCCCUUGUUCCUGCUUAUGAUAAUGCCGUUGAAGUGUGUACGCUUGCUGAACUGGAAGGCCUGAUUGCAGAUCCAGAUGAGAUGAGGAUGCAAGCCCUACUGGUCAGAGAAAGAGUGCUAGGACCUGCCCAUCCGGACACUUCUUACUUUAUUCGCUUCCGUGGAGCCCUGUAUGCUGACAUGGGUAACUUUGAGCGCUGCAUCAUGCUUUGGCAGUAUGCUUUGGACAUGCAACAGUCUGUUUUGGAACCCAUCAGUGCAAUGACUCUCAGUAGCUUUCUGUCAUUUGCAGAAUUGUUCUCCUUUAUGCUGACAGAGUGGCGGCACAAGGUGGAGAAACCCAUGGAUGGAAAGGACAUUUUGGAAGUGCUGAGACGUGGCGUGAAUGAAGUGAGGCGUGGCCGUGAUUUAUGCGAUGCUGACCGUACGAACAUGAACCGCCUGUUGGUUAUCAUGCUGCAUCUGCUGAACCUGAUAACCAACCUGCCCAGUAGAGAGGGUGUUGUGCAAGACAGCUUCAUGCAGGUGUUCCACUGCCUGGCUUACGAACUGGUUCGUCUUGAUGCACGGGGCUUGAACUUAGUGACUUUACUGCACAUGGCAUGCAUGCGGGAAACCACUAAUGUAGGACGUUACCCAGUGUGCAGCUUCCCUUCACUCCAGGUUGUGAAUCUGCUGUUGGAGGUUGGUGCUGAUGCAAAUGCUCGUGACCAGUCAGGCAAUACACCUUUGCACAUUGCUAGCAAGGCACAGCUCUGUGGCAGAAACAUCCUGACUGCACUGUUGGAUCAUGGUGCCCACCUAGAUGCUUGUAACAAUGAGCAUGUCUGUGCAUUGGACAAUCUAAAAAACUGUGAUUCAUUGGAUGUCAUCUGUCCUAUGACUUACACGAGCUUGCAGUGUUUGGCAGCUCGCGUCAUAUCUCAUAAUAAGUUACCUUUCAUAGGUUUAGUCAGUCCCAAGCUAGAAUAUUUUAUACAGAUGCACUAGCAAAUAAGUAGUUGAUAUUUAGUUCCUUUAAUAUAUUGUGAUAAAGUAGCAUUUGAUAUUUGAAAGUAAAAGCUGACACAAACUAUUUUAAAGAAUAUGAGAGAAUAUGCAAUGCUUCCAUACAACUAAUUUAAAACUGUGACAUCAUGUUAGAUUUCUAUUCAGGUUUAUAGUUUGCCAGCUUAAUAUUAACUUGAGUGAUAUGCUGCAUAUUUUUUGUUGGUAUUCAAUAUAUAGAACCAAGGUAUAUGCCAGGGCUCAUAUUAAUGGAUGUUAGCAAGUUACCCAAGGGUAAAUAACUUGGGUAAGAAACCAGUUAGUUAAGUUACCCCAACAGGCAAACUCAGAUAGGAGAGCCACUGAGGUGGUUACCUAACCAAUAAGCAUAGCAAGAAUUCCUGACAAAGGGUGUCAUUGCAUGUGUUUUUGGGGUAAGAGGGUGAUGCACGAAAGUACACUUAAGGAAACAAAAAAGUAAAAAAUAAACUAGAGAUUUAUAUUGACCAAAUGAUUUUAAUAAUAAUAAUAAAUGCAAAAUUUGUAAAGUCCUAAGGAGUAUGCUCUUAGCGCUUAAGAACAAGAAUGAAACAUGGACAGCAUACUAUCAAGUAUUAGAUGACAAAAAUAUUAAUUUAUUUUCAUUUUGGAUACAAACGACCAGUGAAAACCAAGGACACAGUAUGAAUUGCAAAGUUCAGUUUCUUUAUGGCUUCUGCUUCUCACAGAUUAGGAAUUUAAUGAAAAAGAAGUUUAUCAAACAGUUCUGUACCAUUUAUAUCUGUAUAGUUAACAUUCAGUGUUUCCUUCAAAUGGGACUAAGUCAGUCACAACCUUCACCAUAUGUAUUGUAGAUGGCAGAAAGUUAUUAGAAGACUCCUUUGCUACAAUAGUGGCGGGUAAGAUGAUUUGUGUAAGUUUACCUUGAAUUCAUGAAUAUGGAGUUUGAUCUACAUAUAAUUUGCUCAGUACAGAUAGCAUAACUGACUGGGAAAUGUGCCUCAAAUGUGAGCCCAUAUAGGCUGGAAUGUUUUUUUGCUUUGAAUACCAGUAUCAAGUUACGUUUUAUCUCCUUAUAUACUUGUUUUUGUUUAAGCAUAGUCAUUGUUAAAAAAGACUGUGACGAAGGAAUAAUAGUUUGAUUGCAGAUUGUAGCAACAGUGUCCAAGUGAUUCAUGCAAAACCAUGCCAGCUUCUUGUCAAAUAAAAAAAAAAAGGCAAUAAAGUGGUGAGAGCUGUUCUACCUACUUCAACCUGUACCUGAUCCAACAUCCCUCCCAUCAUCCUCACACCACCAGUGGGCAAGACAGUUUGCACAUAAAUGUUUUUUCUGACAUUCUGCCUGCUUCUUGCUUUUUAAAAAUAUACAGUUCUUUUGUAUAGUUAAAAUAUAUCUGAUUAGUAGUAGAUUUUAUACUCAGAACAAUAAAUUGAAGAUACUGCUCACAAAAAGGUGAAGGCCAGUUAGAACAUAAUUGACAAUUGACAGUGUAACUGUUCCUGUUGUAGCAAAUUUGAAUUUUAGCAUUUGACAAUAAAGUGUAAACUAUUCCGAGAUAUGGACAGUCAACCCCACUUCUAAAUCACAAAAACACAGGAACUAACAAUGCUCUUUGACAAUUAAAAAAAAUGUUUGGCUGACAUUUGCUGUGACAUUCAACGCAUUUUUCUCACAUGGGACAUAGGACUGAACAAGUGUUUCAAGGGUUGCUUGAGAGAUGGCCUGCUGGAAAAGCUGGACCAUGUUUGCUGUCAGUGGGUGGUUGGCUGGAAUGUGACCUCAGAGACAUAGGACGGGUAGCCAAGUGAAUGUGAUGGCUAGCCUAACUGCUGAAUUUACUUCUGCUGCAAAAAGUCAAUCAUGCUAACACAAUGGGGAGUGGUGUCAUCUUGCAGCAUGGAACCUGGACCCAUAGCCUAUAAGGUACAAGAGAUUACAUAAUCUUGUUUCCAUGCAAAUGCCAGAGUGCCACAAAUGAGAUGAAGAUGUGUUGCUCCAGACCAUCAAAGAACGGCCAGUAAGCUUUCCGUGCUAACUAAUGCAGACUUUGACAAAUCAUUCUUCUGGGUAAUGCCACACUAGUCUGUCAUCACUGUAGAUCAGAGUGAAGCAGGAAUGGUUAGUGAAAAGUAAUCUUAUGCUGCCUUGUCCAGUGCUAAUGAUAUCUGCAUGGAAGCCUGGCAGUGUGCGUGCAUGUGGACAGCUGCAGUUCUGCUUCACAUAUGAGUGCAAGAGGUUGUGGUUGUGUUGUUGAUGUGUUGCCAUCCUCAGACAUGAUGUAGUGAUGGUUCUGUUGUGCAAAACUGUCAACCCAUGGACGUAUAUUUAUGGACUGAUGUCUGUAUGCCGAGACUCACUUGGCCUCUUGCGAAGUGAUCCGCUGUUAGUCUCGGCGAGCCGUAACAAAGAAUGUGAAUAAACUGGAAGCUAUGUCAUCUAAUGCCUCAUUUUAGGAGUUGAUCUGAAAUGUGAAUAAACCGGAAGCUAUGUCAUCUUGUUUUAGCAGUUAACUGAAAAAAAUCAUCUGCCAGCAGUCAAGGGAUAUUAGUUCGUGCUCAACUUUAUUAGCUGGUCAUCAUGGUCUUGUCAUUUCGGACCAUCUAGACAGGCCAUUGUUCUGUGCUGCCCAUCACAUAUUCUGUCAUAUGAUGGAAUGGUUUACUCCUCUGCCAGAUAUGACGAAAUGGCUCACUCCUCUGUUCAAUAGGUUGCCUCUGAGCCAUCCCAGAACCCAUCCACAAUCCAAUGGUAUCAAACAUCUUGGGGCUAUGAUGCCCCAUUUAAACAACAAUAAGUAGUGUUAAUACUAUUAAUGGAAGUUAUAAUGCACAUUUUAUGCCGUGGAAGGUUUGGUUUACUUGUGCAGUCAUAUUAUUCAGUUAACUUUGCUUGAUUUUCAUGCAUUUGUAAAGCAUUGUGGGAUUCCGCAAAACAAAUGGAAUAUGAGGAAAACAAGUACAAGACAUUUGAAGUAUAGUUUACAGUUUUACUUCAUAGUUUCCAGUUUAUUCCACAGCACUUUAGUAAAGGCCUCUGCCUCCUGAUCACAUAUACCAUCUCGCUAGAAUUAACCAGUACAGGGCAGUUUAUCACCUUCAUUUGCUUUGUGUUAUAGUUCUCUCCCACCAGCUCCAUUUUUAGUGUCAGUCUUUGCCUUGUCUUUCAGGUGGCAGCUGUGCCAAGCUGAGCAGCUUCACUAAAAUAUUUUUUCAAGAUGUCAUUUUUGUAUGUGUGUGUGUGUGGUGGGGGAUGGGGCAGGUGUGUUUGAUACUUCCUUGUGCUUUUCAACUGUCUGUCAUUGGUGCACAUGCAUAAGCAUACAAACAUGUAUGCAUAGCCACAUGCUUUUGUUUAAUUUCAUUGUCAGUAUUUGAUGGUCAGGGUCUCAAGGUAGUAUGUAAGUUGUCUUGAAACCUACAGUCUUUAAGAUGAGGAGAUUGUGCUACAUGCUAAUGAUACAUCAUCACAGUUUAACUUAAAACAGUCUAGAUUUUUCAUGAAAGAUUUUCUUUCAUAUUUCUUUAUCAAUGUCAAAACCAGAAUCAUUUGGAAAAGAAUAUAUCUACCAUUUUCAGCUGUCUUCUGUUUCUCUCCCUAAACACCAUUCAUUAUUUAAUGUGAUUUUCAUGUUUGAUACACUCAGUGGAUCAUUGCUAAGUAGCUAUAUCUUAAGAUUAUGAUUUUGAGCAUUGUCCAGUAAUUAUUGUAAUUAUUCAUGCAGCGUAUGAGUUGAUAAAAACCUUAACUGGUUAAAUCUUGCUAAAACUUGCCUGUCAUUGCUGAGGUACAUGGGAUCGAUAGUGUCUUCUGCAACCUCACUCAUUUGUUAAAAAAAUAAUGGACAAAUAUAAACCUUUUAUAGCAGUCCCAAUUGUGACAAACUCUGCAUGAACUUCCAAUUGUUAUUGUGAUUCUAGCUUGCUUCUGACUAUACUUAAUAGAGUUUUCUGGAUUUCUGCUUCAAAUCUUGUCUGGUUUAAUAAGUUGAAUAAAUGAGUUCAAACAGAUUAUUUCCUGAAUACAGAUGAUCAGGUGAGAAUAAAAAUUGCAGUCUGAAUUGUGUCACUGGGAAUGUGACGUGUAAAGCCUUGCAGGUGUGUGACGUGUUGCUGGAUUAAUUUUGAGAUUGCAUGCUCGCUGUUCAGGUGCAUAACAGUUUUCUGCUAAAUUAUAGUGAUGACAGUUUUGUGUGAUGCAUUACUUCUGGAUGUAUAUUUUCUGAUGUGUGAAUAUUGACUCAGAAACAUUGAAACGUUUUCCAAGAAAUCAGUGUCAACUUUGAAAACAGUUGUUUGGACCGCUGUUGAUGAAAAAAAAAAGAGAAUCUAGAGUGAUUACAAAGGGAUUCCAUCUUUAAAAAAAACAACAACCAAAAACCAUAGUCAGAUGACUAUAUAUCUUCCAUGCUGCAGUUUCUGGAAAUCUGAAAGAAAUAAACAUUCGAUGUUUGAAACAAA